ACUCAGUUCUCAUAGAGUGUGUGUUCUAAGAGGGAAGCUGAUACAAAAUGUCUGACAGCUUUAAGCUUUUAGUGAAGAAUGCCAAACAAGUGGUAAUGGUGUGUAAGAAUGGUGAGAGGUUCCUGACCAAAGAUGGGAUGCAGAAUUUGGCAGUCAUUGGGAAUGCAGACGUGGUAAUUGGACAUGAUGGAUUAAUAAAAGCUGUGGGGCCUGCAGACACCAUUGAGUCACAGUUUAGAGGAGCUGUGUUUGAUAAAGUGUUGGAUGCCACUGGCAUGUGUGUUUUACCUGGUUUGGUUGAUGCACACACCCAUCCAGUUUGGGCAGGGGACAGAGUACAUGAAUUUGCAAUGAAGCUAGCUGGAGCCACAUACAUGGAGGUGCAUGAGGCUGGUGGGGGAAUUCACUUCACAGUGACACACACGCGUAAAGCGAGUUCAGAGGAUCUGCUGCAGGGACUGAAGGGUCGUCUGGAGCGUAUGCUGAGAGCCGGGACUACACUGGUGGAAUGUAAGAGUGGUUAUGGACUGGAGCUUGAUACUGAGCUCAAAAUGUUGAGUGUUAUAGAUGCUGCAAGGAGAACCAUGCCCAUCGGGAUCUCUUCAACAUACUGUGGAGCCCAUGCAGUGCCCAGGGGUAAGACUAUGGAGGAGGCAACUAAGGACAUCUUAUCAGUGCAGCUACCUUCUAUACAAAAACGCAUAGCUGCAGGCAGCCUUCGAGUAGACAACAUCGAUGUCUUCUGUGAGAAAGGCGUGUUCGAUCUGCAGGCCACACGACAAAUUCUACAAGCUGGAAAAAACAUGGGCCUCAACAUCAACUUUCACGGAGAUGAACUGCAUCCAAUGAACUCUGCACAGCUUGGGGAAGAGCUUGGUGCUUUAGCAAUAAGUCAUCUGGAGGAGGUAACAGAUGAGGGCAUUUCUGCCAUGGCCAGAGCCAAAAUAUCUGCUGUUCUUCUGCCGACCACCGCCUACAUUCUCAGACUUCCCUGUCCUCGCGCCAGAGAUAUGAUUGAUGCUGGAGUUAUAGUUGCACUCGGCAGCGACUUUAAUCCAAAUGCAUACUGCUGCUCAAUGCCCAUGGUAAUGCAUUUGGCCUGCGUGACCCUGAAAAUGUCGAUGCCUGAAGCUCUGGCAGCUGCGACCAUUAAUGCAGCCUAUGCUCUCAACUGCUCGCACAUGCAUGGAUCACUGGAACCUGGCAAACAAGGAGACCUUCUUAUCAUCAAUGCGCCACGAUGGGAGCAUCUUAUCUACCAGUUUGGAAGCCACCAGGAGCUGAUCAGAUUCGUCAUCACCAAAGGCGACGUUGUUUAUGAGAACGAUAAGAUCUUGGACCUUUGAUUGUAAAAAAUUUCAUUUAUUUUUUAAGAUAAUGAAACAGUCCGCUGUUACAUAAGCACCUAUAAAGCCAAUCUUUUAUAUUCUAACAUCCAGCGUUGCCAUGAGUGAAAAAAAUAUAUAAUUAUAUAAAACAGUUAUACAAUAAAUAAAAGAAUAAAUAAAAGUGAUAAAUAAAAAGGCACUUUGUUCUUUA